AUGUUGCAGUUCGCCGCCUCCAAGUGUCCCACUGAGGAGAUGUCCUUGACCAAUCGUGUCUUUGUGCACAGUCGUGACUAUCAGGAUGCGAUAAAGUAUUGCGCUGUCCAUACCGGAGUGGGAUCUUACACGUUUCGGACGGAUCCCAGCGACAAGGUUCCAUCCGGCAAAAUGGCUUUUGGCCUCGCCCAGCGCAAAUGGGCCAACCUGUCUUUGGACCAACCGAUUCGUGUCGAACCAAUCAGAAUCGGCAGCAACGGUUACUUGGGCACCGCGCACUUCGGUGUUGAGGUCUUCGGCAAGAAGGCGGCCCCACGGGAUCCGAUAAACGCCGACGAGAUGGCCAAGGAUUUCUCUCAGCAGUUCUCCGACACUCCGGUGACCGUGGGACAGUCGAUGCUCUUCCGCUUCAACAAACUCCUUCUCACGGUUGAAGUGAAGCAACUUUCCACGCCCCAUUGGCUACCCUGGUUGGGAAUUUGGCAGGCGCGUGCGCGUACCUUCUCAAUUAUUUGCUUCACCGGGCGACUGCAACGGUAUCCUGGCUGCUAUUGGUCGGGCAAGUGCGGGGGCGGUGGGGGCAGUCAAUCUGCCUCUCGCGCUCCGUGA